GGCGGGCGCGCGCCGCGAGGGAGAGGGUGGCGGGGAGCGAGGGAGAGGCGUGAGGAGGCGUCCGUGUGCCGAAGCCGCUCCGGCCGCGCCAGACCCAGACGGAGCCUCGCGGCCGCUGCAGCAACAGGCGGCGGGCUCGCGGAGGAGGCGGCCCCAGGGGCGGGGAGCGCGAGGAGGAGCGCCCGCCGCCGCCUCUCCCCCGCCGCAUGGACGAGCACCUCAGCCUCCUGCGCUCGCCGCCGCAGCCCUCCGCCCGCCACCGCACCCACCCGCCCCAGGACCCCGCGAGCAGCGGCGGCGGCGGCGGCGCCCACACGCUGGUGAACCCCGGCUACGCAGAGCCCGCCGCAGACCCGGAGCUGCCUCCCGACAUGACCGUGGUGCCCGGGGACCACCUGCUGGAGCCCGAGGCGGCCGACGGCGGCGGGGACCCGCCUCAGGGUGGCGGCGGCGGCUGUGACCGCUACGAGCCGCUGCCGGCCGCUGGCGAGCAGGAAUGCUGCGGGGAACGCGUGGUCAUCAACAUCUCGGGGCUGCGCUUCGAGACGCAGCUCAAGACCCUCUGCCAGUUCCCGGAGACGCUGCUGGGCGACCCCAAGCGGCGCAUGAGGUACUUCGACCCGCUCCGCAACGAGUACUUCUUCGACCGCAACCGACCCAGCUUCGACGCCAUCCUCUACUACUAUCAGUCCGGGGGUCGCAUCCGCCGACCUGUCAACGUGCCCAUCGACAUCUUCUCCGAGGAGAUCCGCUUCUACCAGCUGGGCGAGGAGGCCAUGGAGAAGUUCCGGGAGGACGAGGGCUUCCUGCGGGAGGAAGAACGGCCCCUGCCCCGCCGUGACUUCCAGCGCCAGGUGUGGCUGCUCUUCGAGUACCCCGAGAGCUCCGGGCCGGCCCGGGGCAUCGCCAUCGUGUCCGUGCUCGUCAUCCUCAUCUCCAUCGUCAUCUUCUGCCUGGAGACACUGCCCGAGUUCCGUGACGAGAAGGACUAUCCUGCCGCGCCGUCGCAGGACGGGCUGGAGGCGGCCGGCAACGGCACGUCGGGGACCCCCGCGGGAGCCUCCAGCUUCUCCGACCCCUUCUUCGUGGUGGAGACCCUAUGCAUCAUCUGGUUCUCCUUCGAGCUGCUCGUGCGCUUCUUCGCUUGUCCCAGCAAAGCCACCUUCUCGAGAAAUAUCAUGAACCUGAUCGACAUCGUGGCCAUCAUUCCCUAUUUCAUCACCCUGGGCACCGAGCUGGCCGAGCGACAGGGCAACGGACAGCAGGCCAUGUCUCUAGCUAUCCUGAGGGUCAUCCGCCUGGUGAGGGUCUUCCGCAUCUUCAAGCUGUCCCGCCACUCCAAGGGGCUGCAGAUCCUGGGGCAGACGCUGAAGGCUUCCAUGCGCGAGCUGGGGCUGCUCAUCUUCUUCCUCUUCAUUGGAGUCAUCCUCUUCUCCAGCGCCGUCUACUUUGCUGAGGCUGACGACCCCACUUCGGGCUUUAGCAGUAUCCCAGAUGCCUUCUGGUGGGCAGUGGUGACCAUGACGACAGUCGGGUAUGGUGACAUGCAUCCUGUGACCAUAGGGGGAAAGAUUGUGGGCUCUCUCUGUGCCAUCGCAGGUGUGUUGACCAUUGCGCUGCCAGUCCCCGUGAUUGUUUCCAACUUCAAUUACUUCUACCACCGGGAGACAGAAGGGGAAGAGCAAGCCCAGUACAUGCACGUGGGAAGUUGCCAGCACCUCUCCUCCUCAGCCGAGGAGCUCCGGAAAGCAAGGAGUAACUCAACCCUGAGUAAGUCGGAGUAUAUGGUGAUUGAAGAGGGCGGGAUGAAUCACAGUGCUUUCCCCCAGACCCCGUUCAAAACGGCCAAUUCCACUGCCACUUGCACCACGAACAAUAACCCCAACUCCUGUGUCAACAUCAAAAAAAUAUUCACCGAUGUUUAAUAACUGGCACGAGGGCUCACUAUUGUGUGGAACCUGCCCCCUUGGUCUGUGUAUGCCCUUGUUUUAUACAUUUCCAGACCAUUCAUCAAGGAAAGGACAUAAAGAAGUGGGACGCACACUUCAUUUUCCCUCUCCCUAUUGCUUCAUACUGAAACAGGUGCCUGUUUUGCAAGUGGGCUGCAUUCUCUCAGCUCUUUUUUUUCCCUCCCUCCCUCCUAAUUUUGUGAGCAACAAACUUACAUUACACUUGAUUUCUAGUACACGCCCAGUUUUUUUUUAAAGUACAUCCUGGGAGGAAAUGAAACUAAAAAACAGUUAGAAGAACUGCUUAACCUCAAAAUUGAAAAAUAAUUGCCUCUUUACUAAGUAAAGCAGACAAAUGCUUACAGGAUGCUGUGGCUUGAUGGACUUUUAGACAUUCAUUAUCUAUUAAAUAGUUCAGUUGCCUGCCCUGUGGGUAUGUGGAUAAAACAAAAAAGCACCCCCCAAAGUAACUCUUAAACCCACCAAAAAUCUAGUUGGUUUUGGACUAGACUUUCAGUUUGAAUCCUUCUUCCUGGAACUUGAAGGGUCCACUACAACUUUGAACAAAAGGAAAUGCCCAAAUCGUUCUGAUCUGACUCUUCGGGACUUACAAAGCAUUUCUAAAGUAUUAACAGAUUUCACUGUGCAUAUGUCCCAGCCAACAUCUAUCAAAGUCUAGAAACAGAUGUUUUCAGUGCUGCUGAGACAAAGAAUUUCCUAAUGCAUUUGAGAGAUAAGCUUCUGCAGUAUCACAAGAAGAUUAAAGUGGCAGACACCCCUUCCAGCGGAAGUUACUAAUUCGGACCUGACUGAUGCAGUUCCCAUAGCAACCUGUGUUUCCUGGGAAACCCGAAAAAGGUUGUCAUGGCAUCUCUUGCUCUCUAGCCCCACCCCCUAGCCCCUGCCGUUUCCACAGUAACCUUUCCAGAUGGCUCCUACUUACAUGAUUUCAUAAGAAAAAACAGUGUUUGAAUAAACCGCACAAAUAAAGUUAAAUCUAAAGAAGGGAAAUGAAUUGUGACAUGCAUUUUUUUUUUCACUACGAAAAUCGUUGAUGUCAUCCCAUAAUGACUGAAUCAAGGAGGAAAAUAUUGUCAGUGGAACAUUAGCUAUGAACCACAAUAAGACAUUGUUUGAAUUAAAUGCCUGGUACUGGGCAGUAAUGUUAAAGUAUGCUACUCUACAAUUUUUUUCUCUAAGAAGUUUCAAGCCAACAAAUGAAAUUAAGCAAAUAUAAAAGUGUUCUGUACAUAAGCAAAUGAGCGAUUCAAUCAGUGUACCCAAGACCUUAUAAGGGACCGUCAGACUUCUUUAAAAAAAAAAAAAAAAGGUACAGAUCCUACCACAGGACUGUCAACCAUCACAGCACUUUGAAAAGCUAAAUAGACUUCAAGUAUAUAAAAAAUGCACAUUUGUAGCUGAGGGAAUUACAAUUAGUGAAACGGAGGGACGGGAAGUCACCAGAUCUUGGGGGAACACCUGCGAGUUUCAGCCAUAUGCCAAAGGUUGCCAGAAGACAGCUGGAAUCAGCAGCUCCAAGUCCUUCCCACCUCUCAGCUGUGAAUAGAAGUAAUUACCCCUCCCACUAAUACAUGCAAAGAAGCAUACAGGACCCCCAGUUGAAGACUUAUGGAAACACUGUGAGAUAGAGAUCCCUGAGGAGCCCCACAUCAAGAAGUGUAGAGCUUCAGUGAUCAGUAGGGUGCUGAGUUUUCAACUGUCUGGAUCAAGAUCGCAGCAGCAGUUGUACCACUGACAGGUGGUGAUCUGUCUGCCAGGUCAUAUUUUUAUUUCAGUUGACAUUAAAUAGUAUGUCUCUAACAAAUACUUUCUGCAAAGGAAACAGUUCUGAAACUGGAGGAUUCUCUUUGUACUGUGUACAGUUUAAAGGAUAUGAAUCAAAGAUAAAGAAGAAUGUUAAGAAUAUUAAGGUGUUGUUUCAACCUUUUAACAUUUUGAUGGAAUUUUAUCAUCCAAAAACUAUAAUCAGUGCUGCAAACAAGGAAAACCUAAAUGUGUCUCACAAUCACAGCUAUUUUUUUUUCAGUUACUGGGCUGUAUUUAAGCAUGAGAUACAUUCUGUGUUUGGGGUUGUGUGCAGCUUUGUGAAGGUUGUGUGUUGUACCAAAGGCUCUCAUGCAGCUGUUAGCCUAUUUACAAAUAACUAAGGGAAGUCUACACUGUGCCCAGAUGAAUGGUAUUGAGGACAGACAUGCCUAAAAGAAAUGUGCCUUGCUUGAUUAAACAUUCUUUUAUUUUAAACUCAAAAUGAUAGAUAAAUUAAUCUUAUAGGCAGAUGCUAGCUGAGCUCAUGUUACAGAAAUGCAUUAGUAUGCUUACGUUGUCUAUUUUAACUAAAUUUUAAUGUCUAUACUUUCCAAAAGAUCAUAUUUAACCAUUCAAUUUUAUUUUCGUGGGAUGUUGGUUGUGGCAAGACCAAGCACAUUCUUAGAGAUAUAUGUAAUAGUUCAUUUAAUGUUUAUAACUUUUCCUGUACAAUUACUUAUAUAAAUUUUCCUUGACUUGCUUUCUAUUAGUAUAUUCUUUUAGAAAUGGUACUCUUUUUUUCAAUUAAAGUUUUAUUUGGAAAAGAAAUUUAGUAAGUCAUGAAAAUGAUGUCUCACUUGAGGAUAUUUCACUUGUGCCAUUAUUAAUGUACUUACUGUGAUUUUUCAGCAGAAUGGUAGCUAUUUGUAUAUUAUUUCAUACGCCUUAUGAGAAGUCAGACUGUGAACAUUUAGUAUAUGGAAAACUUCUCAUUUCAAAGUACACUUUACAAAGUACAAAUACAUAAAUAAUCAAUAUCCUAUUAUUUAAAUAUAUAGUAAUAACAAGUUGUAACAGCACUUGCAGAAUUUUAAUCACUAUAAAAUAUCUCAGUAGCAAAGCCAAGAUUUUGUGAACUUUUUGAAGCCCAAUAGAAAGAAUAUAUAUGUGAUGAAUCUCAUUAGUAAUAUAUAAGAAUCAGUAACUAAAACAAUUUUAUACCUAGCAGCAAAACAAAUGGAUGGGACAAUCUGGGUUACUUUCUUUGAGGUGAUCUCACAAUAAAGUUUUCACAGUCUUCUAGAGAUUUCUUGAUGUUCAAAGCUUUGAUCUGCAUCCUAAUUGGCAAAGGUGAAAUUAAUGGAUGGCAACUAUCUCAGGUUGGAGCUAUGUGAAAACGUCUAAUCCAGAUGAUUUGUGAUUCGAACAAGAAUAGCCACCAGCUUGUUUUUGUUGUUAGACCGUUUAGUAGAGACAUUGGCCCAGAGAACCGACUUAACCCUCAUGCUAAUAGUCAGAGCCUAGUCAACAGUAAAGCAAUCCCCAUCAGCUACUAGACGAUUGGAAUACACCCAUCAGCUGUGGAUAGGACAUCUCAGAUGUUCAGGUGUGUCUGUUUUUUUUUUUAAAGGAUCAAUAGAUUUUAUAAAAAUUAAACCAAAAACUGCCUUCAUAAAGCACCAGUGGCACAACGUUGAGCGGUCUAGUGUACUUGUACAUCAUAUCUACAUUAUUAUAGGUUAGAGUCUGAAAUAAAGCCAAACCUGGACUUUGGUGAUGAAAGCACAGAAUGGUUUGGUUGACUAACCUGUCAUUCCACAUAUGGUUCACAGGUUGGGUGGUGAUAACAGUACUGGUCUAGUUAACAAGAGAUCAUGGUUCUUACCUACUUUUUAACUGGGGGACCUUGAUCUUUCAGUUGCCAUUUCUAGUGUUCAUUUUCUUGAAUUGCAUAAUGGGUUCAAUCAUUCAAUAAAUUCCUGAGCCCUUUUCCAGUCCCCAGAUCCUUCCUCAUUAUACACAUUACUUGAAAAAUGCUUUGAAGAAUAUUUAAGUACUCAGAUUUUCUUAUGCAUUUCUAAAAGGAGAGAUAAAAUGAAAUAAGCUUUUAAGCCUUGAAAGUGCCAUCGUGUCAUAAAUAUAUCAUUCUUCAAAUUGAUCAUAAGAAGAGGGAAUAGGGUUCUUUUUAUUUUAAGAAGUUUUACUGAUUUAUAAUGGGAUCAUGAGAAAGUAGAAAAUUACUCUGUAGAACGGAAACAGAUGAAUAAAACAACUAGAAAGUAGGAGAGAUAUUUGUUAAAUUAAGUAUUUAAGGUGAUUUGAAAAUUGUGCAUGAAAUGGGAAAAUGGUACCAAGAGCUUUAUUGCACACUCAACAUUUAGGAACCUAGGAAUAGGGGACAGUGGAAGAAUACUGGAGCAAUGGAGUGCCUUAUGGUCUCUUGACUCUUUUCCAUAAGAAGCUGUCUGCUGGAGCUCAGGCAGGUGUCUGCUGCAGUUCUGUUUCUGCCAAUAAUUCUCAUAGCCCUAGGAAGUUCCAUUUUGCUUUUUUGAGCCUCAAUUUCCUUAUCUACAAAAUCACUUUAAAUUUUCAUUUUUAAAAAUUUCAUAACAUUUCCAUAUUGUUAACAUAUGAACAGGCUUCAAAAAAUUCAUGAAAAAAAACGGAACUAAACAUUAAAGAGAUUUUCCAUGAACUCUUUGAAGCUCCCUUAAGUAUGUGUACAUGUUGUUCCUUUUUGGUCUUUAAGAUACCACAUAUUUCUACCCAAAUGACUGAAAAGAUUGCAAAUCCAAAUGUUUUUAUUUCUCAUGUUGCUAACUGCCCUCAGCAGGACAUUAAAAAGUUAAACUUUUCAUUUUCACCAUCCUUUGUCAUUUCGUGUUUACAUGCCGAGUUAGUUACCUAAACAGAAUGUUCCCAUCAGUCUUCUCUUUAAUUUUUUUAGCAAAUUAGAAUCAAAUAUAUUGUGCUUACCAAUGAACUGUUAGACACUUUUGUCCCCCUCCCCCACCAAAAAAAAUGGUAAUGCCCUUUUGGUCUCAGAAGCAAUGAACUUACCUUUAAACAAAAUUUUAUUAGUUUUCUUAAUACACAGGAGGCAUGACAGAGCCAUAUUUUAAUUAAUUUUGCUCAGGAGUGAGAAAUAAAAUUCAGGGAUAAUCCAAACACUUCUGUUUGGCAUUGGUGGACAAUUAGGACAAGAAGGGUUAUAACUUUUGCACACGUAGGAGGGAAAUCACUGUACCCCUUAGAAAAAUCAGUACAUUCUUAUUGCUGGUUUUAUGAUAGAAAGAAAUUAGGUUGGAAAAGUGCUAAAUCUUGGACAUUAGAGAAACUGUUAAGAUAAUCGGAGGCCAUUUGAAUAAUACAGACAUAUUCUGCCAUUCUAAGAUUCUUUGUCCAGAGGUUUAGUCUUGUAUCCCUUCCAUUCAGAAAAGGGGGCAGUUUUUAAAGACCUCUAUCAUAAUAGGAAAUGUAUAUUUUGACUAGUGGAGCAAUUACUUAGCACAUUUAAUCUGAUAAUUUUGGCUUUGUGCAUAAGAAUUUUCAUUGUAUAUGUAAUUGAGUCUCAUGUAUUCAUGUUAGUGAUCAUUGUGAGAAGUGACUUUAUCUGUUCUUUUAAAAAGUGAUGAAAUUUGCUAAAUGGUGAUUCUAGUGCAUUGUGUUAAUAUUGUAUCUUACAAUUUGUGAACUGAUAAUACUAAACAAACUGUAGUAGUAUUUCUUCUGGUAAAUUGUUUCUGUGGUGUGACCUCUUAAUACUGGGAUUGUGGUUGGGGGGAGGUUAAAUUUACUUAAAACUGUCGAAGUGUUUUCCUUACAUGCCAUGAAACUGUAUGACUCUAAACCAAAUAAGAGUAUCCUCUUUUUGUUUAUUUCAAGGACACUGUAUAAACCAUUUUUGAAACUAUUCCAUGAAAUGGUAUGAUUUGUGUUUCAAAAGCUCCUAUAUGUAUAUACAAGGGAAAGCACUGUGUGUAGUGUUUUUGUGUAAUACACUAAAUGUUAUAGGAAUCCAUUCUUGAAAUCUUCUAGAAAUGGUAAUUAAGCAGAUGUCAGAAUAACAAACAUGUCGCCUCAAUUUUUUAUAGGAAGUCUAACGUUUAUAGCAUAUCUUUGCCAGUAUCAUUCAUUUUUAUGUAAUUCUGAAGCAUCCUGUGAAGUACUGAUACUAUCUGAAGUUUAGAGAUUAAACAACCAAAACUUAGAAAGAGCAGAGAUUUGUCUAAGAACAUCUGGCCAAAUAACUAAAACUCAUGUUCAUUGUGUUACUGUUUUUAUCCUAUUGAUACCAUUAUAUUUAAGGCUUUGACAGAGUUUUAAUUCUGAAAGAUAAAUAAGGAAAUUUCAAGUUUUAGUGAAAUUUCAAGUUUUACUGCUAUUGUGUCAGACCUUUUUGGAUACCUGGUUACUAUACUGCUUCCAUAGAGAGCCAUCUGCUUCCCACCUAAAACAUGUCAAGUCUAUACACCCUAAUCACAGAUACUGAACACAAAAGAUGACAAAAUGCUAGAUUGAAAAAUUAUCUCCUCCACUAAUCUUUUUCUUUCUUUAAAACUCAUUAUGAUGGAUUAUUUCUGAAAGGGUGGAAGAAGCAACAAUCAACCCAAGUAACCACAGUUAUUCAGAAACAGAGAAUCAGAAGAAGAAAAAAUCAUGCUCACCACAGUGACUGCUCUCAGCCUGUUAUUUUUCAUUGCACAAGUUCUGUGAUGGGGUAGCACAGGGUAGGGAGCGGGGAGGAAAAUGCCUUUAUUUUUGAAACAUUAAUUAUUUUAACUAUUUAGAAAAAUGGGUUAUCAAAUGUUGUAGCAGUUUUGUUAACAUUUAGCUGCAGCUUAAAUAUUUGUAGUUUCCCACAUACUUAAAAAUCCACUUAAGAAUUGUUCCAGAUUAAAUUAAAAUUUGAUGAUUGCUCAGUUGGAAUCUGGUGAACGUUCAUGUAUUAAUCCAUGACUGAUAACAUUUUUAUUCUUUUCUCAAACAACAGUUAGACACUAUUGCUGCUUUCCCUUGGAAGUCAACAGUCUGUGAUACAUUCUGUACUUUUCUUGAUUAGCAAUGCAGUGUUACUGUGAAUAUUCAAAUGGAACAUAUGCUUAUUGUAUUGGAAUUUAAAUUUUUAUAACCAUAAUUCUGCUUAUCAGAUAAGUUUUAUUUUGUAAGGUGUGAAAUAAUAAUUGUUCCUGGAUAAUAAUAAUAGAAUUCUGAAUAAUAUACAGAAUAAAACAUAGAUUUUAUAUUUUUUCUACAUUCAUCAUAUUUUAACACUGAAUUUUGUUAAUUUGUCAUAUAUCAAUGUAAAAUUAUAAUAAGCUCCUACAUACACCAUGUUCUCUGAUGUUCUCAUCAAUCAUUUGGGGCCUUCUGUUAAGUAAAUGUCAGUAAAUACAACUUUUGAUUACAUGAUGCAUUUCAUAAAAUUUUUCCAUGUAUUUAAUGUGUUUUCAUUGCCAGUGUUACAUACAGAAUUCAA